AUGGGAGACGAGUAUCGAAGGGGCAGGGCGGAGUUGCCACGGGACAAUUCUGAAGACAUGCGCUACCCACCUCCCCCCGAAGGCGACGAGCGAAGACGGCCGCCUCAAACUGGCCCAGACGGUGCGGUGUUGCCUCCCAUGGCGUACCCACCCCCAGGCCCUCCGUAUCAGCCAGACCCGCGCUACCAGGACCGAGGAGCGGGAGGCUAUGGGCCGGAUCCGAGAUAUCACCCAGACCCGAGGAGUUGGCCGCCAGAACAGCCACCCCCAAAUGGCUAUGCCGCCCCAGCAGAUGCGCGCUAUCCUCCGCAGUACCCUCCCCAGGAUCCCCGUCAGUUUGACGACCGGAGGCCGUACGACGAUCGGAGACCGUACGAUGACCGUCGUCACUACGACGAGAGGAGACAGUACGAGGAACAAAGGAUGUACGACGAACAGAGGCAGUACGGAGACCGGAGAGGUUAUCCUGAAUCGUACUAUGAUCCUCAGCACCCACCUCCAGGACGGGGUGCUCCUUACCCGCCCGACUACUACCGUUAUCCCGCAGGCCCAUUCGGGUACGGAAUGGGCCCUCCACCACCACCGCCUGCAUCUCAACAACAGUCUGCGCCGAGGCAGAGAACCUCGAUAGCUUGCCGGUACUGUCGCAAACGAAAGAUCCGCUGCAGCGGGUACACGCAUACCACCAACGGCAAAUGCACCAACUGUGACAAACUCCGAAUCGAUUGCAUCUUCCAGCCUGUGUCGUCAAAUUCAUCGGCUGCCUUCGUCCCCGUGUCGGCGGUCCCAGGAGGCGUCCCGCCUGGAACGCCGCUUUUCGGAGCGUACGGCCAGCCUUUGCCCCCAUCCUCCUCGUCCGGUCCGCAACCCGCACGCACCUACCCUCACUACGCAGCGGCUGACUACACGCCACCGAUGCACUCCCCGACUGGGUCAACAUACCUUGCCUCGUACGACGACAAGGAUCCCGGGCGUCGGCGAACGCGCCCGCCCGACGAAGAGCACAGCGCUCGCCCGGGCCCCCCGAAUUACCCGCCCGACGACGACCCUCGCAGGCGCUCUCCCGUUUCGAUCAAGAGCAACGGCACCCCGCCCACCGCGUACCACUCAUACCAGCAGAGCCCCUAUGACCGAGAUCGGCCUCCUACACCGAACCAAAACAGCCCUGGCCGUCCCAUGCCGCCACAACAAGUGCAAAUGCGAGGCUCGCAGGGCCCGUCGCCACAGACGCCACAGCCACAAGGGCAGCCUUCGGCGCCGCCGCCCAAGGGCCAGGGACCCGCACCGGCUUCUGGUUCCUACUCGUCCAACCCGAUGAGUUUGGAUCACCUGAUGGGCCCUUCGUCCCGCUCUGUUAACGACAUUGACCGGAACAUGUUGGGCAGGCUGGGCAGUCGGAUGCAGUGA